GUCCGUAUCCAGUUUAGCUACCGAAUGAAAUACUGUAGCACCGAGGCGAGAAAGUUGUUUUCAGUCACCACUGGUCGAAAAUGGCUGUGGCCAUGAGCUCAACGUGUCCAGGCCUGUACUGUGGCAGGAUGAUGGUUAAUGGAUCAGUGGAGGGAGAAUGUGGUGUGUGUCCUCGUGGAGAGCGGGCCAACCUGCAGAAGGUAUGUGAACGCUGCAGCGAGUCCCCCGAGCUCUACGACUGGCUCUAUCUGGGAUUCAUGGCUAUGUUACCUCUGGUGCUGCACUGGUUCUUCAUUGAGUGGUACUCUGGAAAGAAGAGCUCCAGCGCUCUGCUGCAGCACAUCACAGCCAUGCUGGAGUGCAGCGUGUCGGCCGUGGUCACUCUGCUGGUCACGGAGCCCGUGGGCAAGCUCAGUAUCCGGUCCUGUGGAGUCCAGAUGCUGUCAGACUGGUACACCAUGCUCUACAACCCCAGUCCAGACUACAUCAACACCAUACACUGCACCCAGGAGGCCGUCUACCCACUUUACACCAUCGUAUUGAUCUACUAUGCGUUCUGCUUGGUGCUGAUGAUGCUGCUGCGCCCUCUGCUGGUGAAGAAGAUUGCUUGUGGUCUGGGCAAAUCUGACCGCUUCAAGAGCAUCUACGCUGCUCUCUACUUCUUCCCCAUCCUCACUGUGCUGCAGGCGGUGGGCGGAGGCUUGCUCUACUAUGCGUUUCCCUACAUCAUACUGGUCUUGUCUCUGGUCACGCUGGCUGUUUACAUGUCUGCCUCUGAGAUACAGUCUUUUAAGAACCUGAUUGCUAAGAAGAAGCGUCUGGUCGUCUUGUUCAGCCACUGGCUGCUCCACGCGUACGGCAUCAUCUCCAUUUCCCGACUGGACAAGCUGGCGCAGGACCUGCCGCUGCUGGCCCUCGUGCCUGGCCCCGCCCUCUUCUACAUCGCCACGGCAAAGUUCACCGAGCCCAGCCGCAUCCUGUCUGAGGGCGGCAACGGACACUGAGCUGGUUUCAUCAGGAUUUCAACAGAAAUGAGAUUAAACUCACAGCUACAGUCAGAUCUCCUCUGAUACUGAGGCAUCCAUCAACAGACAGCGGUGUGUUGGUGAUCAGUGGGUUUGAAUGGGAUAUUUAACAUUAAUGAAGUACAUUCACAGUUGAAUUGGACAAUAACUGAUAACUGCUUUAUAUUAUUUAUCAUGAAUGUGUUUCUGUCACAUGAAAUCUUUAUUUAUAACAGUUUAAUCUAAUCCUCCCAUAGGAGUAAGACGCCAUGAGCAGCAGCUCUUUACUCUGUUUGCACAGUCCAGGCUGAGAACUGCUCACAUCACCGUUUACAUUUCCACUCAGCAAGGUUGCCAAUAAUGAUCAUUUAUUCAAAGUAAAUCCAUCUUAAUUAUUGUUAAUUAAUUCUCCUAUAUUCCAUAAGAAUAAUUACAAGUUGCCAAACUCAACGGUUCGCAACAGAGCGAAUCUGGAACCAGAAAGUAUUUAAUAUUUAAACUUGAUUAAAGAGCGGAACAAUUAAUUGAUUAUGGAUACAUUUACACCUUUAAGUUAAAAUCCUGUUUUUGGAAAAUGAAAUCCUAAAUUCAUUAUUCCCGUCGUCACUGCCCGUCUCAUGUUGAGCUGACAUCAUCAUGUCGACAGAUGCCUUUUAGUGUUUUUGUG